AUGACAACCGAAGUGGAGAUUUCGGAUCGCUCGACCGAACUCAAUGGCCCGGUUUCAGCAGAAAGAUUGACUACCCUUCUAAACGACGCACUAGGAAAAGACGAGCCUGUGCAAGCCUCGAUCGAGUCAGUCGUGAAACACUUGAACGAGUCGUCCUCUAAGCACAAGUUCAUCGUCAAUGCGACGACGCUCGAGGCGAAUUCUGUGGAAAAUGCGGACUUUUCGAUAGAUAACUACGUGGGCUCUUCAUGGAACGCAAAAUCGGACGGUGUGUUCCAUUGCCAGCUCAAAAAGGGGGACCGUACAACGGUGUUGGUUAGUGUGUUUUGGAUUGCAGUAUAA